GUUGAUAAUUGGAUUGAAUAAUGAAAUGAAGAAUCUUCCCAAUCUAUAUAAGAAAUAAUGGCGUAGUGAUUAAGCAAGGGCAGCAAAGGAAUGGGCUCCUUGUUUUCUUCCCCCAGCGCCACCGAGGCGGAGAAUCCUGACGUGAAAGCGGGGAAUCCUGACGUGAAAGCGGAGAAUCAUCCUGACGUGAAAGCGAGGAGUUCUGAUCACGUGAAAGCGUUCGACUCCGCGGAGAGCUGGCAGAGCUACUGGAAAGAGAUCAAAGACUCCCCUAAGCCAGUUGUGAUUUUUUUCACGGCGUCCUGGUGUGGCCCUUGCAAAUUCAUCACUCCACUGUUUCACGAGAUGGCCGCAAAGUAUCCAAACGCUGACUACGUCAAAAUCGACGUGGAAGAAUUAUCUGGUGUGGCGGAGGAGUAUGAGGUGAGGGCGAUGCCGACGUUCGUGGCUUGGAAGGAAGGAAAGGAAGUUGAGAGGUUUGUGGGAGCCAAUAAGGUGGAGCUCGAGAAAAAGAUUAAGCAACUUUCUCAAUCGUGAAAGCAUGUAUGAUAGUAAUCUUUUAGCUAUUCAAACCAACCUAUGUAUGUAUGUGUGUAUGAAUCUUUGUUUGCAAAGGGAAAAUAAAAAUAAAAACCAGAGUAUAUGCCUAUAAGGCUUGUGAUGAUGAUGAUGUUGUAAAAUUUAAACUCAUUGGCUGUAUGUAUGUUUCUUCUCCAAGAUGAUGUCUGUUUCAAUUAUAUGUAGUAUAUUAUAUUUGAAAAUUC